AUGGCAUUAAUUAUGAUUUGGUCUAUCCUUUAUCUUGCCUAUGCUUCAGCAAUAAAAUGUGAGGACGCUGCAUUAGUAUCUUGCCUCACUAUUUCUCCUACAUCUGACUGCUUUAAACAGCACUGUACUUUGGAACCUUCACAAACCGAAUUUUUCAGCGAAACUUUAAAUAGUAAAUCAAUCAACCUUAUACAAGCCCCAAAACAAGCUAAAUCUUGUGACCUAAAAUGUGUAAACUCAUGCUCUGCCAAUGGAAAAAUGAUGAAGGAGUGCAGCGAGCUCUGCAACUGUUUUGCGAAUAAUAAUGCUGGGUUCGUCAAGCCUGAAGAUGUUUUGUCAAAAAUGUCCUUUGAGAUUCCAAAAGAAGUAUUUGAGGUUUCUAAUAAAAAAAUCGAAAUAGAAGAAAUUUUGCCUCAGCCUGAAGAAGUUACGGUUACGUGGAAUAAAUUUGAGGACUUGCAAGAGGUGGUUAACAGAUUGAAAGUCACCAAUAAUUCCUGCCAAGAAAGAUGUAUAUUGAACUGUGGAAGUAAAUCAGGAAAUUGUGUAAAUGACUGCAUUUCGGAUGUCUGUGAAGUUGCUGAAAAACCUUAUGGGUGGAUGUUUUUAGCUGAAGUUUUAGUAGUUGGAGCAAUUUUAAUAUUUGUCGCUAGAAGAUUUUUGACUAAAAGAAGAAAGCCAAGAAUUUCCCUUGUUGAAGAAAGCGAAGCUUAUUAUACAAGAUUAGGCUAA